GAUCCAGCCCUCCGUUCGGGGCGUGCCCGCGCGCCGCCGUUACGUCCGGGCCCGCCAAGCGCGAUCCAACCCGCGCGGAUCGCGCCCCAGGGCGGAACGAGGGAGUGUGGAUCCACGGCACGGUCGGACCAGAGAGCGAAACACAGCGGGACGGACCGCAGAGGUGCGCGCCGUGAAGCAGUCGGUGGCUGCCUUAGGAGCCAUGGCCGCCGCAGUGCUGGGAGCUAUCGUGCGCACCCUGUGUUCGCCGUGCUGGCGACCGGGAACUUGGCAGACACAGAUUAGAGACACCCACCAUCGAGCUUCAUUGUUGUCUUUCUGGGAACUCAUUCCUAUGAGAGCAGAACCUCUGCGGAAGAAGAAGAAGGUAGAUCCUAAAAAAGACCAAGCUGUAAAAGACCGUUUGAAAAAGAGGAUCCGACGACUAGAAAAGGCUAGCCAAGAGCUAAUUCCCAUUGAAGAUUUUAUUACGCCUGUGAAGUUCCUGGAUGAAGUGAGACAGCGGCCUCAGGUCGAGCUCUCCUUUGAGGAGGAUGAGCGGAGAGCUUUGCUUCUGAAGAAGUGGUCCUUGUACAAGCAGCGAGAGCAUGAGAUGGAGAGGGAAGCCAUCAACUCCAUGCUUGAGGCCCAGCAGGAAGCUCUGCAGGAGCUGAAACUCACGUCCCAGGAGCUCCAUAUGGAGGCCAUCAAGCGGGACCCCAGUCUGUUCCCCUUUGAGAGAGAAGGGCCAACGUAUACACCACCAAUCUCCAACUACCAGCCCCCUGAAGGCAGGUACCACGACAUCACCAAGGUGUACACACAAGUGGAAUUCAAGAGGUAGAGCUGCAGGCAGCCGUCUGAACAAUCUGCCUGCCCUUCAGAGCCAGAAUGACAAGGGUUCAAGUCUGCUUGUCACAGUAUUAGACAUGCUGAGAAUAAAUGUAAAUGUA